AUAUUUUUCAACAGAAGUAGUUUGGUGUGAGUCUUCGCGUGUGCCAAGCAUAAACGUUGUUACGGUCGGAUGGUUCUGGUCAUACCUAAUACAGGCACAGAGCAGUAAUACAUCUCGGUUAGAAAGGAACACAAGCGCGUGCUGACCAGAAAACCAGGCAGAGAAGAGAAAAUUUAUCGACAAUGUUGUUUUCCCACUAGGGAACAGGCCCCCCCAAAUAUGUGCUUGUGGCAAGGAUCGGUGUGAAAAAUUUGCAUAUGACCUAAUUGGGGCGUCGUAUGUGUAGUUUCCGCGGCCAAAGUAGAGUAGAAGCUAGAGUGCAAUCACCGUGCAACGUCGGUAAGGAUGAUUCCAUGGAUGCGAGAGAAGAUUGCCGAACGGAAGGCUCGCUGGCAGCAGUCCAGGAAGCAGCAACGCGACGCCUCCGCUGCCGCAGGAGAAACUGCUUCCAUGGGAAGUGCUAGCAGUUCGUCCGUAGCAACUAAUGCAUCGUCUUCCUCGCCAGCUGGAUCGAGCCUCCGCGGCAGUCCUUCGCGAAAUAUUCGAUUUUCUUCCAAGCAUCAUCACCAUCAUCAUCGUCAUCAACAACAACAGCAGCAGCAGCAGGCUACAACUUCCGCCGAUCGAUCAAAACUCGGCACCACUUGCUUGGGACGGCCGGGAACGAGCUCCGCAUCCGAGUGUACCCUUUCCGCCGAGGAAGGCUGUUCCCUGCAGCGCCGAGGUCGAAGGACGCGUCUGUUGCGCAUCAUCAGCCCACGCGGCGGAAUCGUUUGCGUCGAAGUUCCCCAGGAAUGUAGUGGCAGUCAGCUGAAGAGCCACGCACUGGAACAGUUUGCUAGUUGUUCGUUUUCUUUGCCCCAUUUCUCGUCCGACAUCGAACAGCUGGUCGGGAAGUACAAAUUAAUACGAGCGCGAAACCGUACGGCCUUUCAGGAUGGGGACACAUUGCAAAAGCUGGGUGUUCGAAAUGAGGAGGAAUUUUUGCUGGUGGUGAAACGUACCGAUUUUAUGCCUUCGGAAGAGAGCCUCAAAGGACCAACCAUAGCAGAGGUACUGGCGGCUACCAAGCACAUUCCCUUGUCUCGUACCAGUCAGGCAACGGCCAAUUUCAACGUGGGGAUGCUGCAAACUGAUUUACAGCAAGAUCUCCGGAGAAUCCUAAUUUCGCUAGCACGUGCAUCGGCUUUCGUGAUAGGUCCAGGAACCUGUGCGGAGAAGUUGCUUGUACUGUUCAACCAAAGGCUGACCAAUCGUCGCCGGCAUCAGGUCCGAUCGAUCGAUACCUUGCUGGAGAUGGGUUUCUCGUUGGAUAAAAUUCAUCAAGCAAUGGAAAUCACCAAGAAUGUGUUCCCUGCCGCUCUGGAUUGGCUGAUACAAAACGAUAGCUCGGUGAAGCUGCUAAACUGUGAUACAAGUACUAGAGAAACCACAAGCUCGACAACGAUUGCUGCUGGCAGCGCGAACAACGAGGCAACGACUAGUGGUGAAGAUUGUACCAUUGAUACUAAUCUACCGCCACUUGCUGUAGAAGAACAAGACAUCGAAGAACCUGUAAAUACCUCAUAUACUUCCUCGAGAUGUGGUAGUCCUAUUGGUAACGGUGAUGAUCAUGACGGCGAAAGUGCAACACAACAGCAGGGCAAAGACGAACUGGCUCGAUUCAGCAGAAAGAUUGACCAUGUUGAUGCUUUGCUGGAAAUCAUACGACAGUAUUCGGAUCGAGAUGUUUACCCGGCUGCGGAGAUGGUAGUUUCGAUUGUCGAGAUGGGUUUCAAUGAAAACAGCGUUCGGGAAGCGCUGGUGGCCACCAGGAAUAAUCAAGCUGCGGCGUGUGAGUGGCUACUGGGUAAUCGAAGUAAAAGUUUAACCGAACUGCGUGAUGGACUGCCUCAGGAUUCGCCGAUACUGCAAGUACUGUUAGCCUCACCCCAAGUACAAAUUAGCUUAGGAAAUCCAAAGAUGUUUAUCGCGCUCCUGUCGAUGCUGGACAAUUCAUCCACCAUGACGAUGUGGCUCAGCGAUAACGACAUCUCCUCGGUGCUGGGACACAUCCUGCGGACGUACCACGAGGAGAAACACAUUGUGGCAAUCAAUCAAUUUAACAAUGCACAAAGCUUUAACUGAGUAAUGAUAAUUAUAAUAAUAGGGUUGAAUGCAAGCCCAAUGGUGGUCCGAAGCAGCAUUGGGGCAACAUUGAGCCUCUUGAUGUUGACAUACAAACAAAAAUCCCAUCCUGCCCCAUCCUACCAAAUAGAGACAGAACAGAAACCAAUUGCAAUCUCCCUUACCUACAACAAGCAAAUCAGCAAACCAAAACUGACAAGUAAAAUGAUAGCAGAGGAUUACUUAAUUGUUCCUGGAUCAAUUAUUAGAGCAGAGUAGACUUAUGGAAUUGUUACAAAACCGAAAGAGCAGAAUCAAAAUUUGUUGAUUUAACCGGAACAAAAAGAAGAAGCGAUAACGGAACAUAGAACCAAAUUUAGAAACGUUGAUUAUCUCAGAAUAAUAAUUCUUACCAGUCAGUCAGUAGUGAGCUAAAAGCAGCUUUCGAUAUUUGUAGGUACCUUUCCUUUUUCGAUUCCGUAGUAGGAGUUUCAUAUCGCAUUUCUGUCUUUCGAAUCAGCGCAUACUCUCUAACGUAGCGUGUAGGUCAGUAGGUUGUGCUACAUUAUCCCGGAUGAGAUUCUGCCUUCUUUUGAUUGAUGGCAUUCGGGAAAGUGACAUUCGGGACAACGUAGCACAAUCCAAUAUUUAGUAGUGGCUGAAUUUUCCAUAUCAAAUUUCGCAAUUCCUUUAUCCGUAGCACAGAGGGCUUCUCACUUUGAUUUGGCUCCUGUAUAAACGCCUAGGUAGACACGGAUAACAACCUACUGUUGCAUUGUUAAUUACACCGCGUGCCAAUUACCUCUUAGUACGGGGAUAGAACCGACCGAGGCGCUUUUUGCACAGACACAACACACCAACGCAAUUUGAGACUUUCGAGCGAGCGAGAGCUAACCGAAACCAUCUCAGUCGAUACGAUGUAGCAUUAGUACGUACGGAUAUACAAACUACCCAGAAGCUAUUGAUUCAGUUCCAAAGCGAACGCCAAAGAAGUAUUUUAACGCAUAACAAAGCAAAAACAACUGAUAUUGUGAUAGGAUGUUCGGAGGAAAUAAUAAACGCAAAAAGUUAUAAGAAA